UGGCUUGCUGACUCCCCGGGGAGUUAUCCACCUCCCACCCCUCAUUGCCCCUCACCACUGGUGGAUGCCAAUUCCUCUGUGAUCAUUAUACAUACUCCUUCCGAAUGACACAACCACGCAAGACUAUCGCCAUAGUCAAUGCGACUGGGCGCCAGGCGGCUUCAUUGAUCCGUGUCGCCUCCGCCGUCGGAUAUGCGGUUCGCGCUCAGGUCCAUUCGCUCAAAGGCAUCAUCGCGGAGGAACUGCAGAGUCUCCCCAAUGUGACUCUGAUCCAAGGUCCCUUGCUCAACAAUGUCGAGCUCAUGGACGACCUCUUCAGGGGCGCCAGUCUGGCCUUCAUCAACACAACUUCGCAGGCGGGCGAUGAGGUUGCUAUUGGUCGUGCCCUAGCAGAUGCCGCAAAGCGGGCGGGUACCAUCCAACAUUACGUCUACAGCAGCAUGCCAGAUCACUCAGUACAUGGUCCCUGGCCUAGCCUCCCGCUCUGGGCGUGCAAAUUCACCGUCGAGAAUUAUGUCCGGCAGCUAGGGCUACCAGCGACGUUUGUCUACGCCGGCAUCUACAAUAACAACUUCACCAGCUUGCCAUACCCUCUCUUCCAGAUGGAGCUACAACCAGACGGCAGCUUCGAAUGGCGGGCACCUUUCCAUCCGGAUAUACCACUACCCUGGCUGGACGCAGAGCAUGACGUUGGCCCAGCUGUCCUGCAGAUCUUCAAGGACGGUCCAAAGAAAUGGCACGGCCAUCGGAUUGCCCUGACUUUCGAGACUCUGUCUCCAAACCAAGUAUGUGCGGCCUUUUCGCGCGCACUCAACCGAAGAUGCCGCUAUGUGCAGGUACCAAAGAUCGAGAUCAAGGUGCCCAUCCCAGCUGGCUACAAGGAACAGCUGGAAGGGAUCGAGGUGCUGUUUGGCCAACUCAAUGCCCCGUAUUUCCCCCAGGAAGAAUUCACCCGUCCAGCCGCUGGAUCACCCAAGGGACUGGGCCCGUUUGGUGGAAAGGGUGCAGGAGCAGGCAUGAUGCAGGGCCCAGGAGGAGUGAUCUCGAUGCGACUAACAGAUGAGGCGCGCCAUCUCUGGCAGGGCUGGCGGGACAUGGAAGAGUAUGCAAGAGAGGUCUUUCCGGUGGAGGAAGAAGCAAACGGCUUGGACUGGAUGUUAUGAGUCGACCUUGGUCCACCGUUUCCUUUUUUUUGCAACAUAUGACCGCCUGUCGCCGGACGCGUGUCACUGCUGAGUGCUGAACCGCGUGCCGCAACUUUUUUGCGCGACAGGCUGUACGGCGUGCUUCGGCUGCGACUCC